UGGUCCUUGCUUGGUUAAAAGGGAGAGCCCGGGGUCCCAGCGUGGCGUCUUCUGGGAAGCCAUGGCGUCGCUGAACUGUAAAACUGUGGUCUGCGUCAUCUGUUUGGAGAAGCCGAAAUACCGCUGCCCGGUUUGCCGCGUGCCCUACUGCUCGGUGACUUGUUUCCAGAAGCACAAAGAGCAGUGCAACCCGGAAAUCCGUCCUGUUGAGAACAGAAGAACAGUGGCUCCUGAAAAUACAGAGCCUGAGGAGAACAAAGGUGACGCGGUCGAUUUAAACAAGCAAGCUACAAGGGAUUUCAAAGAGAAUGAUGAUGACUCUGUAGCUGAUUUCCUCAACAGUGAUGAGGAAGAAGACAGAGUGUCUCUGCAGAGUUUAAAGAACUUAGGUGAAUCUGCAACUUUAAGCAGCUUACUGCUCAACCCACACCUGAGACAGCUGAUGGUCAACCUGGACCAGGGGGAGGACAAGGCGGAGCUGAUGAAAGCCUGCAUGCAGGAGCCCUUGUUCGUGGAGUUUGCCGACUGCUGCUUAGGAAUCGUGGAGCCGUCACGCAGCAGGGAUUCCUGACACUGCACGAGCUCCAUGCUCAAGCCCACUGCUGCUCCUGGGAGGAGCGGUCUCCAAUGCCACUGGAGGACAUGUAGGUCUUCAUCGCACGGCCUGCUUCUGCAGACAAGUCGGAUAACUCAAGGUGCAGAGCCCUUGUGAAGAGAAACUUGUAGCCCUGGAGUGCUGGCUCAGCUCUUCCAGAGGACCAAUCUUCAGCACCCACAUGACUGCAAACCAUC